CAAGCAAAAUAUUAAUAUACAGCAGCACAAGUUGUCAAUCCCUCGAAUAUACGCGAAUGUCGAAAACAAAAUGGAUCGCGGUUCAGAUGACUCCAUCAAAUUCAAGCUUUUUCUUGAGGAAUUUACGGCGAAACACAACGGACCUGUAACUUCCGAUGAUCCUCUACCGUUUCGAUUAGUGACUUAUCGUCUCACACCAGACGAAGUAGAAGGAGAAUGCAUAGAAUGGGUGAUGGAAUAUCUGUUUGGCCAGAAUCACUGUCCGCCUGCAUAUGCUGCAGCCAUCGCCAAGGCAACCGUGGAUGCAGUCCAAUCUUCAGACAUCUCUAGUUAUGAGGAUGAGAGAGAUGAAGAUGAAGGAAAAUUAAUAGAGGCAAAUGGAUUUGCCCGGUUUGUCUUCAGCAAGGUACACAGGAUAUGCGAAGAAUGGAAUACAAGUAUGCCUUCCAUCACAGUGGGUCCUGGUAUUCAUCAGGUAUCGCUACAUGCUGUCAGGAAUACCAGGAGAAAAAUGGAAGACAAACAUGUGGUCUUACAAGACAUUAAUGCAAUGUUCAGAUCAAGAUUAAAGGAACCUGAUGAUAAGCCGCGCUCCUUCUAUGCUGUAUACGAUGGACAUGGUGGUGUGGAUGCUUCAUACUAUGCCGCAGCUCAUCUCCACCUACACACAGUCAGUCAACCAGACUUCAUUGAGAGCCCUACCAAUGCUUUGAAGAAAGCAUUCAAUGAGACGGAUGAGGCUUUUAUUCAGAAAGCAGGACGAGAGGGCCUUCGAAGUGGAAGCACUGGUGUAGCAGUGGUGAUAGAGCCAGACACCAUUCAUUUAGCAUGGCUAGGAGAUUCACAGGCUGUCCUUAUGAGAGACUGUAAACCUGUUAUCAUAAUGGAUCCACAUAAACCUGACCGAGAGGAUGAGAAGAAAAGAAUAGAGGAGCUUGGAGGCUGUGUAGUGUGGUUUGGAGCAUGGAGAGUUAAUGGAAGUCUGGCUGUAUCAAGAUCAAUAGGUGACCCUGAUUACAAGCCUUACGUAUGCAGCGAUGCGGACACUGCCAUUCUACCUCUAGAUGGCUCAGAAGAGUGCAUCAUCAUUGCUUGUGAUGGACUCUGGGAUGUAAUAACACCGGAAGGAGCAUGCACAGCCAUACAGGAAUUCAUCAAGUCUGGGGCAGAUCUCUCGGGAGUAGCCCCCGAAUUGGUUUCCAUGGCGAAGGAUGCAGGUUCCAAUGACAACAUCACAGUCAUGGUUGUGUUCUUGAAUCCACUCAGGGCAACUAAGAAUGCAGGAAGCAACAGCAAAAAAGAAGAACUUGUUGUAUCUGGUGAUGGAGAUCAGGAAAAAGACUCUGGAAAUAUUGUAAAAGAAGCCAUUACCAGAGAUGAUAACCAGAGUGCGAACACACCAGCGGUCAGUGGAGAGACUUCAGACUUGUCGGAGGGACUUCAGAACAUGGUUGUUCAGAAUGCUGUAGAGGCAAAUUCAAACAAUAACAAUAUCAAUCGGAAUAGUGGUCGGAAAGACAGUAAGAGUGUUCUCAAUAUGUCUAAAGAUGAUAAAGAUCUUGUAAUAAAAAACGGUGUGAAUGUGAUAAAGAAAUCCUCUAAUCAGAAAGCCAGGAAGAGCUCCAUUGGGCACCACACUGCUGGCGUAUACGUCGAGAAGAAUGGACAGAGUCCAGAACUCAUCUCUGACUAUUCAAAAACAAACUCAAAGUCACAGGCAAGGAGGCGUAGCUCACUCAAGAAAGGAACAGUGGGUGUAAGUCCUAUACGACGUACUUCAAGUACACCAGCUGUCCAUCAGAGGAAAUCCUCUUUUAACAAUGGCACAGUAGAGGAUGUCAUCAUAGUGGACCUUGGUGUUGAUUCCAAGGCAGAGAAGCCAAAUCGUUCAAAUAAGUCCUCUCCUGUCCAGCAUAAAUCGAUGCCUAUCUCCAUCAAACCAAAGAGUUUAACACGAACAAGAUCCCUUCCCAGAGACCCUAAGCUGGCUGCCAUUAUGAAGAACAAGCUUGCGGCUGCCAGCAGUCAGUCAUCACCUACCAAAUCUGAUAUUCCCCGCUGAUAUCUGCUGAAUGAAGUUUCAAACCUCUCAUUGUUGUCGUUGCCAGUAUGCAGAACCUGUGUAUGUAUGUACGUAGAGAUCCAUUUAGACAUGGAGCUUUUCAGGGUGGCCUUUGGCAGAAGAGGUCUUUGACACACCCCUAGGCCUUGUCUAAUAGCUGUACCAUGCCUUGGUAAUACAACAUGGACAGACUGCGUUUCUGGAUAAUCAGAUGCAGUGGACAGUUUCCAAGGCAAUGUGUGUAUCUGAUAUUAUAAAAUAGAUACCGUUGUCAUCAGGGAAUAGUGCAUUACAUUUAGGUCUUAAAAUCACUGCUCAGCUAUUAUAUAGCAUACACGUAUUGACUCUUUAAACAUUAAAUCUGUCGAGGACAUUUUCUAACAGGAAAGUAAGAAGAAGAUGCACAUCGAUCUGUGUUAGUGACAUAUUGUUUGGCAUGUCCUGUGAUUGAAACAUGUUCCUGCAGUAAAAGUAUCUUUUUGUUGAACUUCAUUAGCCAAUAAAAUAAUGAUUUAAUGAGAAUGAUAGUAAUAAUGUUAUCUACUUAUAAUCUAGUAAUAAUGCUAUCUACAUGUAGGAAUAAGUGCAACUCAUCUAAAAUUAAUCAUGCUGUGUACGUCUUUACAGGACUGUUCCUGUAGGUACAUAUGAGCUUGCAAUAUGAAAUGUCAGACAUUGACUUUGUGUAUUCUCUUUAAAAUUAUUGUACUGCAACUCAAUGCAAUACACAUAAAUGCUGAGCUGAGCUGAACUACUAAGAACAAACUCAGACAACCAAAGUAUAUAUUGUAUUAUUGUGUCUACAUGCAUAUGUUGAAUUGUAAUUGACAGUGUGACACCCUACACACUCUUUGCUAAGUAGUCCAAUCAAAAGUAGUUAUAGGAAUAUAAGAAUGUUAUGCACGUAGCACAAAGUAUUUAAGAGCUAUCAUUUAUUGGUUUGUUCACUGUAAUUGUGUUGAUCCUCAAAUGUUUGGCAAGUUAUAGGAAAGCUUUGUAUCAGAGUGUUAUACACCUUUAUUGUUGUCAUGCUGAAUGUUUAUGCAUUGUAUAGGUUCACAUUUGGAAAUUGCACAUUUUAUUUUGGUUCAAACUUAUCAGGGAAUGGAAAAUAUGAAACAGUGAUUUAAUUAUCUAGUUAUAUCAAAACCUCAAAAUUAUCCUGUUAAACUGAAGAAAAUCUUAAUUACUGUCAAAAAUUCACACAUGGAUUUGCUAAGAACACUGUAUUCCUAGAGGAUACAGAAUAAGUGAAAGUUGUUUAAGUGGCAGAUGUGGGAGAUGAAUCAGAUCCUUGAAUAGUUUGAUUUCCAUCAGCUAAAUUUAAUUUUUGUGGAUUGAAGUACUUGUCAUCAGCAAGUAUCAUUAAAUUUAUCAAAAUCAAGUUCCAAGUUUGUCACUAGUAAACUUAAGUUCAGUUUUCAGAACUUAUAAAACUAAACAUGUGUCUUAUUUCUAACAGACAGUGCCUCUGUGAUUUUUAGUGGAUAAUAAUUUAUCAUGAGAAGUACUGAAAAGUCUAGAAUAUCAUGUGAAAUCACUUGCUUUCUAAUGAAACUUGGCCUGAAGAAGUUUUUAUUCUUAUAACAACUGAACUAGACAUUCUUCUUACAUCUAACUUAAUUUACUAAUAAUCACACUUUUUUUUUAAUUUCUCAAAGUAUAUACAGUGUUAAAAAUGUGUCUGUUGUGAUAAAUGCUGAAGUUUUAACCUCAAUUUUGAGAGAAACCAUGGGAAAAUAAAUAUUCUGUCACUCACUUUUCUACAGAUGCUUUUACAUUUUAUAAACCUCUAUGGUAAACAAAUGUGUUUUUCUCUCAAGUGCGAAGAUGACUAUUGUACCUUUGGAAUGACGUCUUCAUAUUUCAAAAUUUCAUCUGCCAGUACAUUCCAAUAGGAUCCCAAGGAUUAAUUAAUCUAGACACCAUAGGAAUUAUUGUAUUCUACCUCUCAUUCACAUUCUCUUUACACUUACAAUAUAUUCUUAUUUGUUAUCAUGGUGGAUUAUUUUAGUUUAGAAGAUGAAAAGUUUAUGCAAUUUGUUAGUGACUCAAAAGUGCCAUUGUAUUGCACCUUGAAUAAAAAAAAAGAAGAUAGAUCUUGUUUAUAUAAAAAGGUUAAAUAAAAAAAAAAGAAUGUUUAACCGUCUAAGAGUGAAAGUAAUAACUUAUAAAUGUAGGUAAAGACUCUUUAUACAUUCAUAAGAUUAUAUUAUAUGACAUAUUGUAUCUUUCUAAAAGUGUAGAAUGCAAUGUACAAAAUGUGAUAGGUGGACUUUAUAGAGGCAUCUGAACUUGAUUAUUUCAAAGUAUCUGAUGAUAAAGGAUACAAUAACGCUGAAUAUGUAUGUUUGACUAAUAAACAGUCAUGGAAUUCCUCUGUAAAAAAGAAGAAAUAACAAACAGGCUUUUAAAAAAAAUGUAAGUCAUAAAAUGUGUGGUAAUUAUUUUUUUUACUUUUGGUUUUGGAUAAGUUGGCAUGUUCAUUUUAUAUAUUUUUUAAGCAUGCUUCUUUGACAUGCAAUGCAAUAUUUAAACUUAGAUGAACCAUUUCAAAGGUUUUUUGCUUCACAAUGAAAGAAAUAAAAAGAUAGGAUUGGUUGUGAUAAAUUUUCUAUUUCACUGACAGAAGAUGAGCAAUACUUUGUGUUAUAUAGUUGGAAGCACUAUGGUCAGGAUUUGACAAGAAUGAUGGUAUACUAGUAUUCUGUGGCCCAUUAUUAUGCCUAAAAUACCUGCAUGAUUUUGUUUGGAUUUUAGUUUUAAAAGAUGGUAUAUUUUGUUACCCCCAAUACCUUGAUAAUUUUAUUUUUUAAUAUUUUAUAUUGCAAAUACAAAUCCCACCUUGAUGUUGGGACUGGCACACAUCCUUAUGUGAUUGGCUUGGUAUAAAAGUCUAGACAUGUCUUCAAGGGAGUGAUUAUGCAGGGGGGGGGGGGGGGGAGAGGCCGAAAAGUUUACCUGAUAUUAGAUAGUUGGGCUUUUUAUUGGAAGAAAAAGGUUUGCUCUUGUGAUGAGUCUUGGCAAGACAUCUAGGAUAAUGAGUCAAAUUAGUGGUUAAUUUCAAUGUUAACGAUCUAUGUUUUGGGAAUUUUAGCAAACAAGAAAUCGCACUCCUAUAUAUCUUAGUAUAUCACACCCCACCAUUUUCCAGCUUACUUUAAUUCAAAUUGGGGGGGGGGGAAUCAGGGCAUCCAACUUUACUCAUCACGUUCAAAUAUUUGGAAAUGGCAAACAAUAUGUAAACAGCUUUUGAAAUACAUGAAUAUUCUAUCAUCUCUAUCAUUUCUUUUUUGUAGUUUGAUGCUGACUUGCUUAUAGCUUUACUUGAAAACUUGGUUGUGUCACAAGUUGAAUACAGCCCUGCUAUGGACCUUUUGAAAUUCAUUUCUAUGCAAGUAAUUAUGCCUCGUAGAGAUCUUAUGCAAAUAUGAGUGGAGAAAAUGUGAUACAUGUAGGUAGUGGUGAUUACUGUGGUAGCUAAUAUUCAGUGCAUUGUUUAUACAUGUAUAGAAAAAUGAUUGAUCGUAAUUGCUGUGAUUGAUGGAAUAUGCAUCAUGUGACAUGCAACAAUUUUUAGAUAGUGCACAAUAAUGCACUAGCUCCUGUGUUGAUUAAUGUACCUUAAUUUUUUUUUUAGAUAAUACAUUUGGUUAUGUUUGUGGGAAUUUUGGAAUAUAUAUUUUCUUUCAAGGAAAAAACAGUAUUUAACUCGACGUAAUGAUCAAACUCGUAAUUCAUUUGGUUCACUUAUUAAAAUCAUAGUAAGUUCCCUUAUGCAGAUGUCUUGUUGUGGCCAAUAGGUUUAUCUUCAAUUUCACAUGCUAUUAGAACUAUCACAUUUUCUAAAUACGGUAAUACACAAAGAUUGGACUGCAUGGAAACUUAUAAUUCACUUAAAAUACUGUUUGCAAGUUGGUUUAAAGUAUAUCAAAGCAUGUUCAUUGUAAGGACUAACAAAGUUUUUUGGGUGUAAUUUCUUUCACACUAUAUGACUGCAUUUUAAUAUGCUUGGUUUUAAAGGGAUAAGGGGGCAGGUCACAUGUUCACAUAAAAUGACACUGGGGGAGAACAUGUACAUUUGUUCACUUGGUAAAAAUGCAUUUGAAUAUUCUGGGCAUAAAGCACAGAGAGUGACUCCUAAAAAUGUAACUUUGCAUUUCCCUCCAUGAUAGCCUUAUUUGGUAUAUAACCUUAAAGGAGAAUGAAACUCUUGGAGCAAGUUAGCUUUUGUGAAAGCAGAAAAAUCAAAGAAUAAGAUCAACAAAAGUUUGAGUAAAAUAGGACUAGCAAUAGAAGAGUUAUGAGCGUUUGAAUGUCGAGAUCACUAAUGCUAUGGAGAUCCUCCCAUUGGCAAUGCGACCAAGAUCUAUGAUGUCACAGAUGAACAACUCUCCCCUUUUGGACACUGAAAAUAUACCCCAAAACAUCUCUUUUUGCUCAUUCUAAUCAUAUGACAAACGAUUCAUCAAUGAUAUAAUGUUGUGAAACCUCUGUAAUUGUCCUCCCAUAUAUAAAGAGAACACCUCACCUUGUGAUAGACUCUAUAAAAGUGAGAAUAUAAGUGAAAUAAGUACUAAAGUAAUGAGGGAGUUGUACGUGUGUGACAUCACAGAUCUUGGUCGCAUUGCCAAUGCGAGGAUCUACAUGGCAUUAGUGAUCUCAAUAUUCAAAUGCUCAUAACUUUCUUAUUAUUCAUUCAAUCUUCCUCAAACUUUCAACAAUAAGUUUCUUUGAUUUUUCUCUUUGAUAUGGAUUCAGCUGGUUCCAAGGGUUUCAUUCUCCUUUAAAAGAUUUUCACUUGUGUAAUUAUACACCACAUUAUAAAUGGCAAAUUUCAAAUGAUAAAUGAAUAGGUAUACAUGUACGGUGUUGUUAUUGGCAUCAAUUGUGAUUAUAAAAGCCUUUGGCGGAAGGGGAAUAGUAUAUAUUUUUUAAAAGUGACAAUAACAUCACUUGAUAUUCUUAGAAAUCAUUUGAUGACAUAAAAUAGUUAAAGUGAGAGAACGGUUUUCUGGCUAUAAAUAGUUUCAUGACCACUUUUGAAAUUUAUACCAGGGGCCCGUAACACAAAGCUUGGCAAUGUUCAUAGAACAUUUUUCUACGUUUGAUUGCAUUGACUACUUGUAGUACAAUCAAUCGUAAAAAUCAAGUGUACGAUAAUCGCAACUCUUUGUGUUACGGGACCCAGGACAGUGUAUAUGUAUAUAGAAUGGAAGACUUUAUUGGAUUUUAACCAACAACUGAAAUGUAAAUUGUAAUUUAGUGGUUGAGAGAUAUAAAACUCUUUAUGACUGUGUUCAGUGUAAUAUACAUUUUAUAUAAAAGUUGUGUUUUUAAUAGUUUUGAUUGUGUGUUCAUAUCAUGUAGGUUCUACGCAUUUUUAUAUCUUCUCUUUAUAAAGUGACAGAGGUCUCCUUGAACAGAAUUAGGCACAGAGUUCAUUAAAGUAAAUGAUGUAGCUAUA